CAUACUCCUGUUAUUUGAUUGGCAAGCUUAUAAGAUGGAGAUUACGGAUGGUAAUUAUUGUUUUUCUAAAAGUGGUUUGCGAAAAACGCUAGAAUUGAUCAAAUUGUUGCCACUUUUAUCAAUACAAGAAGCCUCAAAGAAUAAGGCCUAAUUAGACUUUCCUUGAAACUGCACACGUUCAUCCUCCACUCCCCUUUCCUAUUUAAACUUCAAAUCCUUGCAUGCAUUUGUAUUAACCCUCACAGUUCCAUCAUAUUCAGUUUGAGAAUUAUUUUUUUUUAAAUAACAAAAUGAAUCGUUCUGAUAGUAGCAGCGAUGAUGAGCAUGAGUAUUCUCAAAACCACCAGCCCGCACCAGUGAAUUACGCCUACGCUUCUCCGCCACCUCCACCUCAAGGUUAUCACUCACCCCAGGAUCAAAAUACAAAUAGUCAAGCUCUUUAUUAUCCUCCACCAGCACAGGCUUAUUGUCAGCCACAGCCAGGCCAUCCUCCUCCGAUUUAUGUUUCACCACCGGCGUCAACUCCACCAAGUUAUCCUCCCGUAGGCUACCCCCAAGCUGCACCUCAACCUCAAGCCCAGCCUCAGACUAUAAUUUACAAUCAGGCGCCCUCCGGCCCUCCACAACAACAACAGCAGCAGCAACAGGAGGAGGUUGUAGCUGUUGGCUGCUUGGAAGGAUGCCUUGCUGCUCUUUGCUGCUGCUUCAUUUUGGAUCGAUGUUUUGAGGAGUAAAUCAGACAGAUCAAUUCUAGGUGCAGCUCUACCAUGUCGUCUCAAA